AACCAAACAAAGCUGUAACAACAAAAAACAACAACAACAACAACCAAGAAGUGUCUGUGUGCCAAGUGCUAUAGUCCAAAAUUGUUGUUUGUUGCGGUAUUUUUUUUGGAAAAUUAAAUGAUGUUAAGUGCAUAAAUCGUUCGACGCAGCAGCAGCAACAACAACAACAACAGCAGCAGCAACAGCAACAGAAGUGAAAUGAAACUCCAAGGUGGGAACGAAAAUGAAAAGAGCUCAAGAACUAAAUAAGUUGCAAUGUGAAGAGCGCUUGUGGGACAAGUGAAAACGCUAGCACGCUAGCCAACAGUCUGAAGGAUUGAGAGAGAAAGAGAGAGAAAGAGAGAGAGAGAAAGAAAAAAAAUAAAACGUUGUGAGGACAAACUCAGUGGAAACUGUCAGAAAACUUGUCGAGGAGCCCAGGAACAGCUCCCCAAGAACCAGCUGCUGUGACGAUUGACAAGACAAAAACAAAAGCCACGCUUGCAAGAGUUUGACAAGUGGCACAAGUGGCAGCAGCAGCGGUUGCAGCAACGCCCAAAAGCACGCAGCUAGUUUUUCCACUCAGACCUUUCCAAAAAAGCAGCCCCACAGCAGAAAACGCAGUAGAAGUUGAAGCUGCAAUCCAUGGCCGCGUAGCUUUUGUAUGCGGCUCGCAUGCCAUGGCCUGGCAACAACAAGAACAUCAACCACUACAACAGCAACAGGACCGUGAAUCCUGUGAACAAUAGCAGCUCUACAGGCACAAUAUGUGCUGGACAAAUACCGCAACGGAACGUCAGCAGCAAACGAAAUAGUUGAGAAUCAACAAGGACGCGAGCAUUGGCCAAAAACGAGCAGCUGGCACUGCAACACAUGUGUUUUUGUGAUGAGCCAAGGACACUUCAAGUGCCGCCAACACACUUAAACACACAAGCAGCAGCUGCAGCAGAAACAACAUCUAAAGCAUUAGCUUAAAACAGUCAGUGGAAAGUCGUCAAUCGCAGCAUGCGCAAACACAAAGCGCCGCCCAGCGGCCACCCAAUCAGUCCCAAUCCCAUGCCCAGGACAAUGCAAAUAGGGCACAGCGAUAUAAGUGCAGCAAGUGCGUCAAUAACAGCAGCACCUGCAGCUGCAACAACAUCAGCUGCCACACUCGAAAUGGAGCAGCAGCGCAUGUUGCUCGGGCAUGCGGCCAUCGAUGUCAAUACACCAGCAACAGCAGCAGCAACAGCAAAAACAGCUGCUGCUACAACAAGCACAACUAGUCGCCUUGCAGCGCCAACAGCAGCAGCGGCAACAUUAACAGCAGCCAGCAGCAAGGAGCGACCGAGGUAUCGAGUCCAGCUAAUGUCCUUGCUGCACAUUGCCAGCUAUGUGCUCUGCCUGUGCGCUUUCAGUUUCGCAUUGUACGCGAAUGUGCGGCAGACGCGCAUCGAGCAGCGAUUACAGCGACUGCAGCAUCUGGAUGCACGCAUCGUCGAAUUGGAGCUGCGUCUCGAGCAGCAGCAGCUGAUGCACUGGCCCGCCGAACAGGUUCACAUCAUAGAGAGCUCGAGCAGUCCUGGUGACAGUGCCAACAACGAGAACGGUUCAUCGCCACACUUGGCGCUGCAUGUGCGUCGUGAACUGCAUCGCCUGCGUCGCGAUGUUUCCCACCUGCAGUUGACGCGACGCCAGCAGCGGCGGCAAGCAGCAGAGGCAGCUGCAGCGGCAGCGGCAGCAAAUCUAAGUGGCAGCCUUGCAGCCAAUGGCGAAUGCCAGUGUCAGCCAGGUCCACCAGGUCCACCCGGUCCGCCCGGCAAGCGAGGGAAGCGCGGCAAGAAGGGCGAUGCAGGAGACAAGGGCGAAGCGGGCCUUAAUGGCAUCAGUGGCGAGAAGGGCUCGGCUGGUAAGCCCGGUGAUAAGGGCCAAAAGGGCGACACCGGCCAUCCGGGCGUGGAUGUCUUCCAAACCGUCAAGGGCCUCAAGAGAUCGGUGACUACGCUGCAUGGCGGCACACUUGGUUAUGCGGAAAUAGUUGCUGUUAAGGACUUGCAAGAAGCGGGCGUUAACGUAUCCGCUUCAACUGUCAUACAGCUAAAGGGUGAGCCAGGUGAACCUGGACCGCCGGGACCCCCAGGCGAACCUGGCAAUCCGGGCGUGCCAGGCGAACGUGGACCACCCGGCGAAACUGGACAGCAGGGAGUGCAGGGCGAGGCCGGUCUGGCAGGACCGAUUGGACCUCCUGGCGUUGCGGGCGCACCUGGCACAAAGGGUGACAAGGGGGAUCGAGGUGAUCGCGGACUAACCACAACCAUCAAGGGUGACGAGUUCCCAACGGGCAUCAUCGAGGGUCCGCCGGGACCGGCUGGACCACCUGGUCCGCCCGGGGAGCGCGGUGAACCCGGCGAAUUGGGACCCAUUGGACCGGCUGGACCGCCUGGCGAGAAAGGACCACGCGGCAAGCGGGGCAAACGGCUAUUUGGACCUGGCGGCACCAAACUGGAAGAUGACUACGAGGAUCCGCCCGUUACACUGUUGCGUGGCCCACCCGGCCCACCAGGCACGGCUGGCAAGGACGGACGAGACGGACGUGAUGGCAGCAAGGGUGACGCAGGCGAGCCUGGAGAGCCGGGCUCCUUGGGUCCACGUGGCUUAGAUGGUUUACCGGGCGAGCCGGGAAUUGAGGGACCACCUGGCCUGCCGGGCUAUCAAGGACCACCAGGUGAAAAGGGCGAUCGCGGAGAUAUUGGUCCACCUGGCCUAAUGGGACCUCCGGGCUUACCAGGACCACCGGGCUAUCCGGGCGUCAAGGGCGACAAGGGCGAUCGAGGUGAUUCGUACCGUAAGAUGCGACGUCGCCAGGACGAUGGCAUGUCGGAUGCACCACAUAUGCCCACCAUUGAAUAUCUUUAUGGACCACCCGGUCCACCUGGUCCGAUGGGCCCACCUGGACACACCGGCUCUCAAGGCGAACGCGGGUUGGAUGGUCGCAAGGGUGAUUCCGGUGAAAAGGGACACAAGGGCGACCAGGGACCCAUGGGCUUACCGGGUCCAAUGGGCAUGCGUGGCGACUCCGGUCCAUCCGGUCCGGUGGGCAAAGCUGGCGUUCCGGGUCCGCCUGGCUUGGAUGGCAUGAAGGGUGCACAGGGCGAGACGGGUCACAAGGGAGAGCGCGGCGAUCCGGGUCUACCGGGCACCGAUGGCAUACCCGGCCAGGAGGGUCCUCGCGGCGAGCAGGGCUCACGCGGCGAUGCUGGGCCGCCUGGUAAGCGGGGACGCAAAGGAGAUCGCGGCGACAAGGGCGAACAGGGUGUGCCCGGACUGGACGCGCCCUGUCCGCUGGGCGUUGACGGGCUGCCAUUGCCGGGUUGCGGCUGGCGGCCGCCAAAGGAGCCCAUCAUCUCAACGCCCAUGCACAAGGACUAUUUGCCGGAUGUAACACAGCCGGAGAGCAAUGCCAGCGAUUAUGAGCAAGAGGAGGACGAGGACGACGAACAGCCUGAGGAUAAUGAAAACGAAUAUGAUGAAUAUCAGGAAAAUUUGCAUAACAAUGACUAAAACGGAAAUGGCCACACGCAAAACGACAAAAGAGCAAACACAAACUCAGACACUGAAACACAGCCAAAGCAAAUAGAUUUCCUACACACUCACUCACACGCAUACACAUACACACACACACGCACACAUGCAUACAUAAGUAGGGACAUACAGACAAAGAGACAGACACGCACAAGCGACUAGUUAAGCAUUUCCGAUUUUAGCAGCGAACUUGGCUCCAUUUCGCACUCUGUUGACACAUGCAAUUAGCGCUAACCGAUGCCGAGUGGCUCCUACCCCUUAUGGCUGCUAACUAUAGUCGAUUCUAUUAGCAUACGCACACUUCACACACACACACACAACGCACAUGCACACACACACACACACACUCACACCCCACCUACACUCUACAUUUCCAUCUACAUUUUGUACACUCGCUGGCUUGGCUUGGUGUUGGAACUUUGAGCUGAACAUACAAAUCGCUUUGUUUUUGGUAUCAACAUUUGGCCACUCUUGGUAUAACAUUCUGUUUCGCCCAUCGCAGGAGAACUGGCAGACAUGGCUGAAGGACGAACUGAACGCGCUGCAGCACACGAAAACAAGAAACUAAUUG